AUGACCUUCACGUAUCGCCUGACUCCCGCGUGGAUGAACCCGCCGUCGCCGUCGCCCCCGCCGUCGCCGCCCGAGCCGAGGUGGUGGGACCGCAGCGGCGUCGUGAAGGGACGGGAGGAGGACCUGGGCUCGAGCGUGCUGCUCUGGAUACUCCUCGCCAUACCGGCGCUCCUCCUGCUGCACUGCUGCCUCGUGCGGGGCUGCUUCUGCUACGACGACGUGGAGAGCCCGCGACGGACCCGGGGAAGGCUCCGCGCCAGGCGCCGCAGGCUCAGGCGCGACGACGACGACGACGACGACGAUCCGGAGGACCCCGACGACAGCGACGUCAGCGACGGCGACUCCGUGGAGCCCGUGUCGCCCGCCGCCUGGGACGGGCCGACGCGGUCGCAUCGCAGCGGCGCGCUCGCGCCUUUCGACGCGCGCGCCGCGCACCCCGCGACGUUCACCGACGACAACAUCCACGAGUGGCGCGCGCUCGCGAUGGAGCGAGCGCGCGCCCGCGCCGGCGCCCCGACGCGGCCCUCACCGCUCCGGCCGACGAACGGCGGAACGACGCGACAGGCGCGAACCCGUUCGCACCCCAACGGCCACCGACGCGUAUCGCCCCGCUCCAGGAGCGAAAACGAACUCGCCGACCUCUCCAACCCCGACGAGGACGACGACCGCGAGCCCGGACCGAUGUCCGGGAGGGCCAUGGCCACGCUGCCGCGGUGCUUCGUGGGAGACGCUCGGUGGCGGGGACUUCGAGGCCUCGCGCCGGUGGGGCAGUCAAACGAGGGAGUCGAACAAGGCGCCGCCGCGACGACGACGGACGCCGCCGCCGCCGCCGCCGCUGAGGCGUUCGAGGACGUCGAGAUGUGCCUCGUGUGCACCGACGAUUGCGAGCCCGGCGACGAGCUCAUCGUUCUGACGUGUCACCACUCCUUCCACGCCGACUGCAUAAAGCGGUGGCUUAAAGUCAACGCGGUGUGUCCGGCGUGUCGAGCGAGGGUGACGCGGGUGUCCGGGCGGGAACGCGCGGCGCUGUGGCGGAGUCGGUGGGGCUUGGACGACGAGGGGGAUUGGGGCGGGGACGGGGUUGGGGAUCGCGGGGGUGAAGGUGAGGAGAUCGUGGUCAACGUGGUGGGGUGA